ACUGGCAUAAUAAUAGGCGUACUCUGGUGCAUGGUUACGUCGCAUUACUGUUGUUCAUAAAUCCAGUCUGUAGUAUCUAUAUUGAUUUUUGCAGUUGAGCAUACAAUCAUAACAAAAAAAAAACUGUACCUCUUUUUUCUUCAGUCUUGAAGAAUGAUACAAUGCGACACGAAGGACAUUCUUAGUAUGGCGGAGAGUGCGAUUCUGUGUCACUAGUUCUGUUGUCAAUACAAUCAAAACGCAAGGUACGUGGUAUGGUUGCUAUAAUAGCUGGUUCAUAACUGAGGAUGCUUACACUUAAUUCACAAUGGGCAAGGGUGAAAGAAGAGGAAGGGCACGUGCCGGAAGACGUCAUCAUCGUAACCAUCAUCACCAUCGUCGUCGUCGUCAUCAUCAUCGCAGUGCGGUCAGAAUCAACAUGCCCCCAGCAGUACCAGGAAUGGAAAAGGAGAGACGGGUUUAUGUCCUUGCAUUCAUGCUGUCGAUAUUGUUCUGUGUUAUGGGAUUCAAUAUGACGAUAUCUGGCAUUAUUGGGAGUUCAGUAUUAUUAUAUGUUGGAAUACCGCUCGUAAUAUUAGGGGCAUUGUCGAUUGUUUGGACGGUCAAUCUUUACAAAAAACUUAAGCUGGCUGCUGAGGCAUCGCGGACAGUUCCUACGAUUCCGACUAAUACGACAGUCGUGCAAGCUGGUUAUAACCCACCGGCUGUUAUUACGGGCGUAGGUGGACCGAACGUCAUCACAGUCGGUCCAGCGACGGCCGAAGGUGGAAUAAGCAACCGUACUAUGUUUACUGUCUAUGGCAAUGGGCAGGGAUAUGCACUGUCGUCUUCGAUGCCCGAUGUUUCUGCCGGGAAUGCGACCGGUUAUUUUCCGACGGCGUCAUCUGAACAUCUAUCUGCCGUCAGCGGUAGUAGUGGUGUGCCGUAUCCGAUGCACUAUGCAGUUCAUCCUCACAAUGGGGUUGCCAUGCCCACGCAAUUCACAGGAUCUUUGAAUCAGAUGGAUCCUCCAAGCUAUACACAAUAUGGAUCACAGAGCACCGCAGCACCUAUGACGAGUCCAUCUUCGCCAAACGACACGGCUGUUGAAAUGGAACCGCCGCCACCCAGUUAUGAAGAUGCGGUUAAAGUGCAAAAUAAGGAGACUUCUUAAUCAAAUGAGAAUUUAAAGAACUAUUUUAGGCUGUGACGCCGGCAAUGGAAGAGGGGGGUGGGGGCGGGGAAGUCUAAUGCCAGAAGAUUGGUCUGUGUACUGGUCUGCCCCAGGUCCCGGCCACUUAUGCUGCUGUCGGCAACAUCAGGCUUUAGGCCCGUAUUAUAAUGUCCUGUCGGGUCCCUUGUCGGGCAAAUUCUGGCACUACCACUGAUUUUAGGCUUAUAACUUGACCUUGGAAGCUAAGAGAAGUAUGGCUCUGUGGUAAACGCAAAAUGUGGACCAAUUAAAUCAUCGGACGUAUUGAGGGUUAUUUUAUACGCCAUUAGGAAAGUCGCUUUAAUCAACCUUUUCUCUUCCCACCCAAUCGAUACUAAGUAGUUACGAAUAAGCCUACCAUGUGCAUAUUCUGCAACAUUAGGGAGAUAAUGAUAAUGACGUACAGUACACGUAUUCGUUACCGUAUCGUUUUCGUGAGGCUGCGAAACCUCCCCAUUAAUGUAUAAACGUUUCCCCUGAGAGCUGUGCUUGGCUCCGAGGUUUUGGAUUUGAUGAACAAACUAUCAAAUCCCAUAGAGGUUUUAAUAAUGUUUAUAAUAAUAUAAUAAAUAAAAUGUAUAUAAUAAAAUUAAGUCAUAGACUCUGAAAGGUAACUUUUGUAUUUCAAUUACAGUAUAUAAUAAUACUUUAUAAAUUAUGUAUAACGCCCAUUUCUCAUGCUGUCUAUAUUCCCCUUUCUCUAUUCCCCUGAGAGCUGUGCUUGGCUCCGAGGUUUUGGAUUUGAUGAACAAACUAUCAAAUCCCAUAGAGGUUUUAAUAAUGUUUAUAAUAAUAUAAUAAAUAAAAUGUAUAUAAUAAAAUUAAGUCAUAGACUCUGAAAGGUAACUUUUGUAUUUCAAUUACAGUAUAUAAUAAUACUUUAUAAAUUAUGUAUAGCGCCCAUUUCUCAUGCUGUCUCUAUUCCCCUUUCUCUAUUCCCCUGAGAGCUGUGCUUGGCUCCGAGGUUUUGGAUUUGAUGAACAAACUAUCAAAUCCCAUAGAGGUUUUAAUAAUGUUUAUAUUAAUAUAAUAAAUAAAAUGUAUAUAAUAAAAUUAAGUCAUAGACUCUGAAAGGUAACUUUUGUAUUUCAAUUACAGUGUAUAAUAAUACUUUAUGAAUUAUGUAUAGCUCUGAUUUUUUAUGCUGUCUCUAUUCCCCUUUCGUUUAAAUCUCAUUAUAUUAGCCACUUCCCUUAUCUGACCUCUCUUUUUUACACUACCUCUCAUUACCAAUAGCCAUCUGAAAGAGAUAUUACAUGAAGCUUUAGAAAGGUUAUAUUUUUCAAAGUGUGUAUUUUGCAGGCUGUAACUCAAUUUGCAUAUCUUUAAGGUUGGGGUACGUCCCCACUAAGAAAUCAUUACGGAAAUGAUGUGUGGACUGAAGCCUAUUUUCCACAGGCGAAUUUAUUCGUUCGAAUGGGAAGCGUCGGUUCAUUCACAUUUCUAUACCUUUUGCGAAGCGAAAAAAUUCCCAACCAAUCAGACCUCAGGAAGCGAAAAACUCAAGGAACAGAAUUCGUUUAAUAACCCCUUUUACACUGCAAGAAAAAAAUUUUUUUUUUUUUUUUUUAAUCAAAAAUAGAAAGUUUGGCCGAUUGAAAUGUGGAUGCGGUUGCGCAUGAAUCGACGCUUUUUCGAUUCGCGCGAAUAAAUUCACCUAGUGGAAACCAGUCUUAUUAGACGUUCCACCGUCUAAUUAUCCAUAUGUUUUUCAAUCUAUAGUAUUUUGUCAUUUUGCUGAUAAUAUUUUGUGAAAUGAUGUAGCAGAAAAUCAAUAAAUUAUUUUUCUACAAUUGA